AUGGCUGGGGCACCCUGCGAGAUAUCUGGGGAGAACGAAGGGCCGGAGGAAGAGGCGGGGGCGGCCUCUGGGCCUCUCGGAGGGGUCCAGGAGGCCGCGGAGGUUGUGGACACGGAUUCGGAUUCUGACCUGGAGAUGGAAGGUGCCCCUGAACAGGGUGAGCUAGGCCUGGCUCCUCACCUUGGGGGCUACUCCCGCGGGGGUCUGGGGAGAAAACUGGGGCUGGAGUGGGCAGGGACCCCUGUCCAGCAGGGAGCUCACCCCUCAGCCGGUUGCCCCCUAGCCCGGUGCCCUCCCCCAUCUUCCUGGAGCUUCAGGAGUCCACCACUGGAGCACACUUCCAAAAUGCAAAAACUCUUUGGAACAGUGGCCUUCAGCAUCGUGCCUGCCUCCUGCUUUCAGCGCCAAGGGAGCGCCUCAGAGCUGACCCUGCGGCACCGUGGUCUAGGGCCACAGGUUCAGGGGGCCCAGAUUCUGGCUUCUGUGUUGUCCUCCAGUCCCCACAUCAAGCGGCUGGACCUUCGAGACAAUGGGCUCUGUGCAGCUGGGGCAGAAGCCCUGGUAGGGGCCCUGAGCAAAAGCAGCUGCAUCUGUGAUGUGGACCUAUCGGAGAACCAGCUGGGAGCAGCGGGAGUCCAGGCCCUCUGUGCCGCCCUCAUGGCAAACCCAGCUGUGCGAAAGUUGCAGCUGGCAGGAAAUGACCUGGAGGAGCAGGCGGCCCGGUACCUGGCUGAGCUCUUGCUGGUCCACACGAGCCUGCAGUCCCUGGACCUGAGCUAUAAUGAGCUGAGUGAUGGAGCAGGGGAGACCCUUGGACCAGCCCUGGCAGAAAACUCAGGACUCAUCGAGCUUAACAUGAGCUGGAAUCACCUUCGAGGCCCAGGAGCUGUAGCCUUUGCCAGGGGACUGGAGUCAAACAUCUUCCUGAAAGUCCUGGACAUCUCAUACAAUGGCUUUGGUGACCCUGGGGCCUCCGCCGUGGGUGAGGUCCUCAAGGCCAACAACAUGCUGGAGGAGCUCAACAUGAGCAACAACCGCAUCUCAGCAGUGGGAGCCCUGGGCCUGGGCCUGGGCCUCCGGGUCAACCAGACACUGAGGAUUCUUAUUGUGUCCAGGAAUCCCAUGCGAAGUGAAGGCUGCUUUGGUGUUCUCAAGUCUGUCCAGGAUAACCCAGAAUCUGCCCUAGAACUGCUGGAUUUCUCUGAUAGCCAGGUGAACAGAGAGUUUGAUGACCUUGCUAAAGCAGUGAAGGUAAUUCUUCCAGGGCUGUGCGUAAAAACUGGUGUUCGCAGAGUGGAAUACAAAAAAGAGUUGCUGCCAGUCUUCAGAGCAUCCCUACCAUCAUCUGCUUCUAACUGA